AUGACUCUUUUCGACUCCGCAACCCGCGUCUUUUUCGCGGCAACGGCCUUGCGCCUCAUUUUGCUCUUCUAUGGUGGCUGGCAAGAUGCUCAUUCUGCCAUGAAGUACACUGAUAUCGAUUACAUGGUAUUCACUGAUGCCGCCCGCUAUGUAUCGAAGGGGGAAACCCCAUAUGCACGAGAUACGUAUCGCUAUACGCCACUUCUCGCGUGGAUGCUUUUGCCCACAGCCUGGGAAGGACCCGCACCAUGGUCGUCGGUGACUUUUGCCUUUGGGAAGAUUCUCUUUGCAUUGGCUGAUGCUCUAGCUGGAUGGCUGGUUGUACAGCUCUUGACUCGAUGUUAUCGAUUGCCCUCCGAGCGGGCGCUUCGUUAUGUAGCCGCUGCAUGGCUGUGGAAUCCUAUGGUCGCGAAUAUUAGCACUCGUGGCAGCUCCGAAGGGUUGCUCGGUGUUCUAGUUGCGGCAUUGCUGUGGGCCACCUUGAAGAGAAAGGCCGUCCUUGCCGGUUUAAUCCUUGGUCUGGCUGUGCACUUCAAGAUUUACCCCUUCAUCUACGGUAUCUCGAUUCUCUGGUGGUGGGAUGCGGAGCGCGAUGGCGCUACCCCUGCUCGUGACCUUGGCUGCAUAUCUAGGGGUUUGAGAUUCAUUACUCCUUCGCGAGUGAAGCUGAUUCUGUCUUCCCUGAUGACAUUUGCUGUCCUGAACCUCGUCAUGUAUGUUCAGUACGGCAUGCCUUUCCUCCACCAUACCUUCUUCCACCAUCUUACCCGGAUUGACCACCGACACAAUUUUUCUCCCUACGCCACUCUACUCUAUCUCACUGCUGCUGGCAAUGCAGAGUCCCACUUCGAGGCGCUUGCAUUCCUACCUCAGCUAUUGCUUGUAGUUGUCGCGCUUCCCUUGGUGCUGGCGAAAAAGAGCCUUGCAACUGCCAUGUUGGCCCAGACAUUUGCAUUUGUCACGUUUAACAAAGUGUGCACGAGUCAAUACUUCCUAUGGUACCUUAUCCUGCUGCCAUUUUACCUCCCCUCCUCCGAGUUCAUCCGCAAGCCUGCUCUCGGCAUCUCAGCUGCUCUGUUGUGGGUCAUCGCACAGGCCCUUUGGCUCCAGCAAGGCUAUUAUCUGGAAUUUCUCGGCCUUUCCGCCUUUGUGCCCGGUCUCUUCCUUGCCUCCUUGUUCUUCUUCGCUGUGAACGCGUGGAUCUUAGGCAUCAUUGUCCGCGAUGGAGGCGAAAGCACAGACUUGGAUUCCCAGGAUGAGAAGAGGAAUUAG